UCCUCCUCCGCGCCGCCAAAAUGUAUGGAGAGUCGACUCCGCCGCCGCCGGCGUCGGUAUCCAAGGUGUUCGACGACGACGACCUCCUCGCCGAGAUCCUCCUCCGCGUCGGCCUCCCCACCACGCUCGUCCGCGCCGCCGCCGUCUGCCGGCGCUGGCUCCACCGCGCCUCCCGCCGCGACCUCGUCCGCCGGUUCCGCGAGCGGCACCCGCGCCGCCUCCUCGGGUUCUACGUCGUCGAGGUGGACUGUUCGGCGGCCCCGACCGUCCCGCGGUUUGUGCCGGUGCUACCUCAUCCGCCGGAGCUCGCCGCGGUGGGUCCGCCGCGCGGCCUCCAGCCUGGGCGCCUACAUGAGAGAGCACGGCGCGCCGAGCUCCAUCAUGGACUGCCGGAAUGGCAGCUCAUGGGGCACGAGCGCCACGACCACGACCAAACCCGGUCGACGCUCCGGGCGCACAGCCUGCUGUGCCCCCAGAGGGGCAACGUCGUCUUACCGGGGUUCCCAGUCCCCCGACUCCGGUUCGGAAGCUCCUACACUUACUCUGGAAUUCUCUCCAAAGAAGAAGGCGACGGUGUGUUCUACUUCUACGUGUCGAUGCAGUCUACUGUGGACAGGAAACAUACAGCGUAUGUCUAUAUGUUGCAAGAUGGUGUCUGGGUUAUGCAUAGCUUGACCAUAGGACAGAUCCCUCCUCCGCAGUCGGAUCUGGAAGCAGUGCUUGUCGACAAUAAGAUCUAUAUGCCAGCCGGCAAGAGCGACGUUGUUGUCUUGGAUUUGACGGCAUCAACCUUCUCAACGAUUCAGCUCCCACAAGGGGUCGAGCAUGUCGCGAGAAACACCAUCUUGUCACGGGCAGAUGAUUCAGCUGGUGUAUACCUUAUCAAUGUCAAAGAGCUUGAACUUCGUAUCUGGCUCCACAAGGGGGGUGACUGGUUGUUAGUGGACAACAUUUGCUUGCGUGACAUGUUAGCUGGUUAGUAUGCUGGAUGGCAAUGCUUCUCUCCAGAUAAAACAGGUGGGGGACAAUGCCGAGUUUGUGUUGCUGGAGAUGAUGUCGCAAUACGCACUCUACCUGGAUAUCAAGUGCAGGACACUGCAUAAAGUAUAUGAGGUGACUAAAGAGGAUCGAUAUUUGGGUGAUAUACAUCCUUUUAUGAUGAUAUGGCCUCCAACGUUCCCUGCGCUCAAGGGCGAUCCUGCAACUUCAAGAGAUGCCAUGUGAAGAACAGGCCUAUAACUGGGAGUUGCUGGAUGGUAUGUACAUAUGUCAGUGCUAAGCUUUGGCGGGUGCAAUCAAAGAUGAGCACCAGUAGUACUGAACGCCUUUCCAUGUUUUAUCCUUCAGGCUUAAGUAAAAGGCAGUACAUUUGGUUGCUUAGUUUCUUCUCCGUACUUGGUUUGGAGACUCCAAAAGAUCUAGUGCAAUGAAUUGUUUUAUUUUCUCGGAGAGUAGAAGUCGCUGCCUGCCUCGACGUGUUACUUGUCAUCCACUUAAGCCUUACCAGGAAAG